AGGGCAAGAUCUUUCUCGUUCACAAAACCGCCCUGCAUCAGCGGCUGGCGUAGGCCAACCCCGUCGGCCAGAAGUCGGAUGUUUAUCUAGUCAGGAUCAGAGAGAGAGAGAAAGAGAGAGAGAGAGGAAGUAGGGGAUCGGAUUGGGAGUGACCAAGGGCUAGGAGAAGCGCCAAGCGACCCACGAGCCCGAUUCGUGAGUGCUCGAGGUAGCUCGAGCAGCAUCAUAAUUCAUUAAGUGCCGCUAGUAAACGGAACCACGCGCGCUGUGUUUGAACCUCUGUUUGUGCCCACGCUGGGUGGGAGGCUAGGGAACGGAUCUCUUUCGUUUCCUCCUCCUCCUCAGCCCACUCCAUCAAAUGGUUUAGCAUUCACUGGAAUGUCCUUAGAGCAGGUAUACGUUCUAGCGUAGCGGUCGUAGUAUAGGAUGGCCACAGGCAUAAUUGAAAUCCACUUUUCUACGUCCAAAGCCACACGCCUAGCGCCAUUUACCAACCAAAUGCGAUGGGAUGCACUGUAAAUAAGCCGAUAAGAGAGGAUGUUCUUUUUUUUUUGUUGUUUUUGAACAAAUCUUACCCAGUACCGGUGCAGGAGAUGUUGAUUUUUUUAUUUAAAGGAAAUACAAAACCCCCUUCCAUUUUUAAGCUAGUAAGUGAAGUGUGAUGACCGAUCUCUCUGUUUCGAUUCGUGCUAGGGAAGUAUGUGUUAGUGGUGUAGCAAUAUGUAUUAUGUUGUAAGCAUCUAUUUAAGCGCAUUUGCGUACUGGGGUAUAUUUAACAGACGAUGGGUUGUUAUUUUAGAUGAAGCAUUUCGUACUGUAACUAGGUGGUUAGUUAGUGUAGUGUCCGUACAGCACAACGAAGAAUGGCGAGCGCAAAACACGAACUACGCGCGACUUGACGCGUACGUGGCGGGAUCCGGGCGUUUACCAAGUGUUGCUCAAAGUCCUAAUCCUUUUCCUGAAAGUUUUUUGUCCGUAUGUGACCAGUCGAAUGGGACGCGAUAUAGUGAAUGGAAACCAUCUGUUGAUCU